GAUCAGCUGCAAAUGGUCGUGUAUUACGAAAUGCUAUAACGCAGACAAAUGGUUUGAAAAUUCCUGAGGGUAAUUAUUAUUUUUGUGACGGAGGAUAUACAAAUGGAAAUGGUUUUCUUUCACCUUACAGAGGGUAUAGAUAUUGGUUAAGGGAUUGGCAAGGUGACAACCCACCACCUCAAUGUCGAGAAGAGCUUUUCAAUAUGAAACAUACUAGGGCUCGUAAUGUUAUUGAAAGGACAUUAAGACGACGGGGAAUUCUUAGAAGUGCUUCAUGCUAUUCAGUUAAGAUUCAUAAUAGGAUUAUUAGUGCUUGUUGUUUGAUACACAAUUUUAUUCGUAGAGAGAUGGAAGUAGAUCCCUUAGACAUUGAUCUAGAAGAACAAGUAGAAUAUCAACAAGAUAACAUUGAUGUUGUUGAAUCAUCAGAGGAAUGGACUACAUGGAGGGAUAAGUUGGCUCAAUUAAUGUGGAAUACAAACUUAAAUAAUUGA